AUGACGGAGUCUCCGACACCCUCGGCCGUCAGAGUUGUCGAAGAGAAGCAAGAGAGGAACGUCUUCCCGCAAAUCCAGGACAUAAACAGUCAGAUCGCGCAGUUCCGGGACCUGCUGAUCAACAUCGGACAGAGUCGGGACGGUCCGGAACUCCGGGAAAGGAUCAGAAAACUGCGGCGAAACUGCGUCGAGGCUUGCAAGGGCGCCUCUCAGCUGGUCCUGCCGCAGAUGCGAAGCGCGAUGGACCUCGGGAUUCCGGCGGACAGCCCGAACCUGGUGCUGCUCUUCUUUCUGGCCCAACUCUUCCUGAGGGAGUUGCAAAAGUGCAAGUACUUGGUCGGAAUCGUGCCGAUGGACAUGUCGGGGUAUUACGAGAGCAAAGCCGGACCGUCGAAUAUCGGGAACGUGAUUUCGCAGAUCCUCCUGUGCAAGCAGAUCACCCCGGACUUCAACGAGGAGGAGCUCUGCAGCAUCCGGAAGGACUCGGAGGAGAUAAGCGCCCUCAUAUCCGAGCUGCAGGAAUUUAUGCCGCAGUCGGAAGCUGACACGGAGAAGCCCGUGGCACUGCAGGGCGCGGGUCCUCGCAACGGGCGCAAUAACGGGAACCGGAAGAGCUACCCGUGGGAUAGGAAGACAAGGCAUCCGUCUUACUUCCGGGGAGGCUUCAACUUCCUCUGCUGCGCCGGCAGGCCGAACUACGUUUGA